AUGGAGAAUACGUUCCCCUUGAUUGGCUUGUUUGGAGCAAAGUUAAACAAUCGAUAUUUUGUUUUCUAUGUCGCCUUUUUAGAUCUUGAGGAAACAUUUGGUGUUGUAUGGAAAUACAUGACAUUAGAUAAAGAUCUGCUGCGUGAGAAAGCUUCAUCUAUUUGCGUUAAAUUCAGCAUUGAUGUUUCUCUCGAUUUAAUAGACGAUUUAGAACAUUUAAAGGCAAUUCACGCAUCAAAUCUUGGCAUAAUACAAUUAUCGCCGUUUCAAUUAUUAAACAAACUCCAUGAUUUGAAGCUUGAUUCUCUUUUCCCAAACAUUUUAGUUGUUCUUAGAAUUUUUUGUAUACUUCCAGUUACCGUUGCACAAGCAGAACUCUCUUUCAGCACGCUUGCAAGAGUUAAAAAUGUUUUACGUUCUACGAUGUGUCAAGAUCGACUUUCUAAUUUGGGAAGACUAGCGAUUGAGGCGCCACUUGCAAGGAAACUAGACUUUGAUGCAGUUAUCGAACUUUUUGCAAGCAAAAAAUCUCGCAAAGCUUAUUUUGGUUAA